UAUAUUAACUUUACGGAAGAUUGCUUAACACUCAAUGUGUUCGUGCCUCAUACUUUCAAGAAGAACGUGUCACUUCCGGUUAUGGUUUGGAUCUAAGGAGGCGCAUUUGUGGAGGGUGCCAGUGUGAUAUAUCCCGCAGAAGGCAUUAGUACAAUUGGUGACGUCAUUGUGGUCACAUUAAAUUAUAGACUUGGAAUGUUCGGAUUCAUUCAAAGCGCCGACGGGAAACUUCCGGGUAACCAGGGUCUUUGGGAUCAGCACCUAGGGAUCAAAUGGGUCCACGAUAACAUAAAAGCGUUCACCGGCAACCCCAAUGACGUCACCAUAUUUGGAGAGUCGGCGGGUGGCGCAUCUGUUGUGUACCAGGCCUUAUAUCCGGGUAACCAAGGCUUCUUCCAGCGCGUGAUUGCUCAGAGUGGUUCCGCUUUGGCCUACUGGGCAAGUCAUGAAUUACCGAACGCCGAGGCUUUCAUCAUUGAGAAGGGUUGCGACAAGGCUCCGGACCCAAUAGAAUGCCUUCGCGCCCUCACCCCCGGGCAACUUCAAGACAACGACACUUUACCAUGGGCACCGUUUGUAGACAAAGACUUUGUGAUCGCUUCGCCAAAAGAUAUUGUUUAUGGAUCUGACUCAACAACUUCAAGCGCCCGCAAUUUCUUCGCAUCGUUAGAUUUCAUGACUGGUGUGAAUAAUUUCGACGGCGCCCUAUAUCUCAGAGACGUCUGGCCAAACAUCCUGCACUAUUCAGAUAUGAACACGUUUGUCUUAACACGAGAGGAGUUUAUUGGGAUCGCAAUUCCAGCAGUGGUCAUUGACACCAUCAAACCCAAGAACAUCCGAACUGCUCUAAUUGCCGAGGAGUUACUGAAUAUACAAUACACGGACUGGCAGCAUCCGAAUGACAGCGCCACCUUGCGGUUCAGUCUCACCAACAUUUCCAGUGACGUGGCGUUCUUCUACCCAGCAGUUUCCACGGUGAAGGGCCACGCGUUGCUCGGAAAGGGAAGUCGUUCUUGUACGAACUGAGCGUUGUCCCAACCACGCAUGCCUUACAGACACCCAACUGGAUAUCCGGUUCAAACCACGCAGACGACAUUCAGUACGUGUUCGGGUAUCCGCUUUACGCCGGACCACGCAGUACCGGAAACUACACGGAGGAGGAGCGACGACUUGCCAGGGGCAUGGUUACCAUGUGGACAAACUUCGCCAAGUCAGGGGAUCCAAACAAACCGGAAGAUGCCCGUCAGUUCACCAACGCCACGUGGGCCGAGUAUGACCUUGACUUUCAGAGCUUCCUACAGUUCAC